ACAUGGCUCUCGUAUAAGAAUCAGAUUUGUUGAAUAAUGGGUGAUUCUUUAGAAGGAGGGACUGGAGAGGGAUCUCCAGUGACCGAAAAUGUCGCAGUUGUCGAUUACUCCGCUUUUGCAAAUUAUUUGAAAAAGGCAGUUACCAUUCUGUUACCAGAGGACGAAGAUUUAAUUCCUCCGGCUUUAAAUGCAGCAUUAAAUGAUCGCAAUAAUCAAGACUGUAUUCAGAAAUUUCUAAGCGAUCCUCAGGUUUCGUGCUUGCUGGUACAGCGAGCACCUUCAAAAGAUGAGGAUGGUGACCAGUCUGGUGAGGGUGAUGAAGAAAAAGAUGCUAUCACAUACUGCAUUUCAAAUGAAGUUCAUUUCACCAAUCCAAAGAUGGCCAGCAUGAUCUGUGUCAAGAGGGGAGCAAUUAUAGAAGCAGACAAGGCCAUUCACUCUCAGCUACGACUUAUUAACUUCAGUGAAGGUUCUCCAUAUGAGACACUUCAUGCUUUCAUCAGCAAAACCAUGGCUCCAUACUUCAAAUCAUAUGUGAAGGAGUCAGGACGUGCAGACAGAGAUGGGGAUAAAAUGGCGCCUUCUGUGGAGAAAAAGAUGGCUGAACUGGAGAUGGGAUUGUUGCACCUGCAGCAGAAUAUUGACAUCCCUGAGAUUUCUCUUCCUGUGCAUCAGACUGUUGCGACUGUCAUCAAGCGCUGUGCAGAUGAAAGCCGCAAACCUAAACUUGCAGAUUUUGGAGAUAAAGUAGAGGACUCAACGUUCCUCAAUCAGCUACAGAAUGGUGUUAAUCGCUGGAUCAAGGAAAUUCAGAAAGUUACAAAACUAGAUCGAGAUCCUUCAUCAGGCACUGCAUUACAAGAGAUUAGCUUCUGGCUCAAUCUAGAGAGAGCUCUGCAUCGUAUUCAGGAGAAAAGAGAAAGCCUUGAAGUUGCACUAACUCUUGAUAUUCUCAAGCAUGGGAAGAGGUUUCACGCGACAGUGAGUUUUGAUACAGACACAGGUCUGAAACAGGCCUUGGCCACUGUUAAUGACUACAAUCCCCUUAUGAAGGACUUCCCAAUUAAUGACCUGCUAUCAGCUACCGAAUUAGAUCGCAUCCGUUCAGCUGUUCAACUGAUUUUCUCUCAUCUUAGAAAAAUACGCAGCACAAAGUACCCAAUUCAAAGGGCUCUUCGACUCGUUGAAGCUAUAUCACGGGAUCUUGGCUCCCAGUUGUUGAAGGUACUUGGGACAAGACGUCUAAUGCACAUACCGUUUGAUGAAUUUGAAAAGGUGAUGACACAAUGUUUUGAAGUCUGCACAACAUGGGAUGAUGAAUAUGAUAAACUACAGGGUUUGCUAAGGGACAUUGUGAAAAAGAAGCGUGAUGAGCAUUUGAAGAUGGUAUGGCGUGUUUCUCCUGCACACAAACGUCUUCAAACUCGAAUGGAACAUAUGCGCCGCUUCCGCCGUCAGCAUGAGCAGCUGCGCACAGUAAUUGUGCGUGUCCUUCGCCCUACAGUACUGUCUGUAAUUUCAUCUCGCCCAAUAGACCAACAAUCACAGCAUCCAAGUACUCCUGAUCAGCAAGAAUCAGGAGAUAUGAAACCAGAAGUUCUUGGUUUGGAGGCAGCUGAUGCUAAUGCAAUUGAGGAAGUUAACCUUGCAUAUGAAAAUGUUAAGGAAGUGGACUGUCUGGACAUUACUCGUGAGGGUCUGGAGGCAUGGGAUGCGGCAGUUCGACGUUAUGAGGAACGAAUUGAUCGAGUGGAGACACGCAUCACAGCACACCUGCGUGACCAGCUUGGAACAGCCAAGAAUGCGAACGAAAUGUUUCGUAUAUUUUCAAGGUUCAAUGCUUUAUUUGUUAGACCUCAUAUCCGUGGUGCCAUCCGUGAAUACCAGACUCAGCUCAUUCAAAGAGUAAAAGACGAUAUUGAAGCUUUGCAUGAAAAAUUCAAGGUUCAGUAUCCCCAGAGCAAGUCAUACAAAAUGAGUAUUGUGAGAGAUUUACCUCCAGUCUCAGGUUCCAUUGUGUGGGCUAAGCAAAUUGAUCGGCAGCUCACAGCAUAUUUACGAAGAGUGGAAGAUGUAUUAGGAAAAGGCUGGGAGAACCACAUUGAGGGACAGAAGCUAAAGGCAGAUGGAGAUAGUUUUCGACUGAAACUAAACACUCAAGAAAUAUUUGAUGAUUGGGCUCGUAAAGUUCAGCAGCGCAAUCUUGGCGUGACUGGACGUAUUUUUGCCAUUGAAAGUCAGCGUUCACGAACUGGGCGUGGUAAUGUCCUGAAGUUGAAAGUGAACUUCCUUCCAGAAAUAAUCACUCUUUCAAAGGAGGUGCGAAACCUGAAGAAUCUUGGUUUCCGUGUACCACUUGCAAUAGUGAACAAAGCACAUCAGGCAAACCAACUGUACCCAUUUGCCAUCUCUCUGAUAGAAAGUGUUAGGACUUAUGAAAGAACUCUUGAAAAGCUAACAAACCGGAGUUCCCCAAAUAGUCCAUCAUUCAAGAUUGAAGAUAAGGCCAGUAUCAUUCCUCUAGUUGCUGGAAUGCGCAGGGAGGUUCAGAUGCUAGUUGCUGAGGGCAUUGCUCUGGUGUGGGAGAGCUACAAAUUGGAUCCGUAUGUUCAGCGAUUGGCAGAAGUAGUCUUCAGCUUCCAGGAGAAGGUUGAGGAUCUGUUGGUUGUGGAGGAACAGCUGGAUGUAGACGUCCGUUCAUUGGAGACAUGCCCAUACUCAGCCAAUACCUUUGCGGACAUUCUUGGAAAAAUUCAGCAUGCAGUUGAUGAUUUGAGUCUUCGACAGUAUUCAAACCUUCACAUUUGGGUUACGCGUCUUGAUGAGGAGGUUGAGAGAAAGUUGGCUGCCCGUCUUCAGUCUGGUAUGCAGGCAUGGACAAAUGCUCUGAAUGGCACCAAGAAAGAAAUUGACCUGAGCAUGGAUACAGAUGCUCCUGCCCAGCCUACUCAUAAGCCUGGUGGUGACCCACAAAUCCAGAUAGUGGUUCAUGAGGUACGGAUCACAAAUCAGAUAAUGUACCUUUUCCCCAGCAUUGAAGAAGCCAGAUUCCAAAUCAUGCAACAGUUGUUUGCUUGGCAAGCUAUUGUAACAUCUCAGACUCGUCUUCAGAGCUCUCGUUAUCAAGUGGGGCUGGAUCGUCCAACAUCACAGACGUAUCGCAAUCUUCUCACCAAGUUGCCUCAGGGCAGUGUAAUUUUAGAGGCAGCAUAUGAAGCUAUUGAAAACAAGAUUAAACAGGUUCAUACCUAUGUGGGUGAGUGGUUACAGUACCAAUCGCUUUGGGAUCUGCAGCCAGAAAAUCUGUAUGGAAAGCUUGGUGAGGAUAUUAACCUCUGGAUGAAGUGUCUUAAUGACAUCAAGAAAUCUCGUACAACAUUUGAUACGUCAGACACUCGUCGUGAAUUUGGUCCAGUUGUGAUCGAUUAUGCAAAAGUCCAAAGUAAAGUGUCUUUGAAGUAUGAUUCCUGGCAUAAGGAGACUCUUGGAAAGUUUGGCUCUCUGCUUGGAAAUGACAUGUCUCAGUUCCACACUCAGGUUUCAAAGUCUCGGAGUGAAUUGGAGCAGCAGUCAAUUGAAGCAGCUAGCACGUCAGAUGCAGUUACUUUCAUAACAUAUGUUCAGUCACUCAAGAGAAAAAUGAAGUCGUGGGAAAAACAGGUGGAGGUGUACAGAGAAGGUCAGCGCAUACUGGAAAGACAGAGGUUCCAGUUCCCAAACAGUUGGCUUCAUGUUGAUAAUAUUGAGGGUGAAUGGGGAGCUUUCAAUGAGAUUAUUAAGCGCAAGGAUUCAUCUAUUCAGACUCAGGUUGCAAGCUUGCAGAUGAAAAUUGUGGCUGAGGAUAAAGCAGUGGAAACACGUACAAAUGAUUUCCUCAAUGACUGGGAAAGGAGCAAGCCUGUUGAGGGCCAUCUACGACCGGAUGAGGCUUUACAACACCUGCAAAUGUAUGAGAGCAAGUUUGCUCGGCUGAAGGAGGAGCGAGAUAAUGUAGCAAAAGCUAAGGAGGCCCUGGAACUACAGGAACCUGGUGGUGUAAGCACUAGUGAAGACAGGAUGCAGGUUGUUUUUGAGGAAUUGCAGGAUCUGCGAGGCGUGUGGUCUGAAUUGUCUCGUAUCUGGGCGCAAAUUGAUGAGAUACGUGAGAAACCGUGGUUGUCUGUCCAACCUCGGAAGCUGCGUCAACAGCUGGAUACACUCAUGGCCCAGUUAAAAGAACUGCCAGCAAGAUUACGUCAGUAUUCAUCUUAUGAAUAUGUUAAGAAACUUCUCCAAGGAUACACCAAGGUGAAUAUGAUGAUUGUGGAGCUUAAAUCUGAUGCUCUCAAAGAACGACAUUGGAAGUUACUGAUGAAACAGCUGCGUGUGAACUGGGUGUUGUCAGAUCUGACCCUGGGACAAGUGUGGGAUGUAAACCUGCAAAAGAAUGAAGCUGUAGUCAAAGAUAUCAUUCUUGUUGCACAGGGAGAAAUGGCCUUGGAAGAAUUCUUGAAGCAGGUACGAGAGUCAUGGCAGAACUAUGAGCUGGAUUUGAUCAACUAUCAAAAUAAGUGUCGGUUAAUCCGAGGUUGGGAUGAUCUUUUCAACAAAGUGAAGGAACACAUCAAUUCUGUGGCAGCUAUGAAAUUGUCUCCAUACUAUAAGGUGUUUGAAGAGGAAGCUCUCACUUGGGAAGAGAAAUUGAAUCGCAUCAAUGCAUUGUUUGAUGUGUGGAUUGAUGUACAAAGACGUUGGGUGUACCUUGAAGGAAUAUUCUCUGGUAGUGCUGACAUCAAAGUUUUGCUACCAGUGGAGACUUCUCGCUUCCAGAGCAUCAGUUCGGAAUUCCUGGGUCUUAUGAAGAAAGUAACAAAAUCCCCUAUGGUAAUGGAUGUCCUGAACAUCCCAGGGGUUCAACGUUCACUUGAAAGAUUGGCUGACUUGUUGGGAAAAAUUCAGAAAGCAUUGGGAGAAUACCUUGAGCGUGAGAGAACUUCAUUCCCAAGGUUUUACUUUGUGGGUGAUGAGGACUUGCUGGAGAUAAUUGGUAACAGCAAGAAUGUCGCUCGUUUGCAGAAGCACUUCAAAAAGAUGUUUGCUGGUGUGGCAGCAAUUCUUCUCAAUGAAGACAACACUGUGAUCACAGGCAUUGCCUCAAGAGAAGGAGAAGAGGUUCAGUUCAGUGAGCCUGUUUCAACUGUUGACCAUCCAAAGAUUAAUGAGUGGCUGAGUCUGGUUGAAGGACAGAUGAGGUUUACUCUAGCCUCAUCUCUUGCCCAAGCUGUUCAGGAUAUCAAGCAGUUCAAAGAUGGAGCUAUCGAUAGACAGGCCUAUAUGCACUGGUGUGACAAAUACCAGGCUCAGAUUGUGGUGCUGGCAGCCCAGAUUUUGUGGAGUGAAGAUGUUGAAGCAGCUUUGCAUCAGAUCAGUACAGCUGGUGACCAGAAGAUGCCACCACUGGAACGAGUACUUUCUCAAGUGGAAACAACACUGAAUGUUCUUGCAGAUUCAGUUCUACAAGAACAGCCCCCUCUGCGUAGGAAGAAACUUGAGCACUUGAUCAAUGAAUUUGUUCAUAAGCGUACGGUGACAAGGCGGCUUGUCGCUAACAGGAUAUCAAGUCCUAAAGCAUUUGAAUGGCUGUGUGAGAUGAGAUUCUAUUUUGACCCUCGACAAACAGAAGUCUUGCAGCAGCUCACAAUCCACAUGGCAAAUGCAAAAUUCUUCUAUGGUUUUGAAUAUCUGGGAGUUCAGGAUCGCUUGGUACAAACACCCCUCACAGAUCGCUGUUACUUGACAAUGACGCAAGCUUUGGAGGCUCGAUUAGGAGGUUCACCUUUUGGUCCUGCUGGAACUGGGAAAACUGAGUCUGUCAAAGCCCUGGGUCAUCAGUUGGGUCGCUUUGUUCUGGUGUUCAACUGUGAUGAAACAUUUGACUUCCAAGCUAUGGGUCGAAUCUUUGUUGGUCUGUGCCAAGUUGGAGCUUGGGGAUGCUUUGAUGAGUUCAACAGAUUGGAGGAAAGAAUGUUGUCAGCUGUCUCACAGCAGGUUCAGACAAUUCAGGAGGCUCUGAAGUCGCAACAAGACGGAAAGAAAGAAGGCAGCAUCUGUGUGGAGCUUGUGGGCAAGCAGGUACGAGUGUCAACAGACAUGGCAAUUUUCAUCACUAUGAAUCCUGGUUAUGCUGGUCGAUCAAACCUACCUGACAAUUUAAAGAAGUUGUUCCGUUCCUUGGCAAUGACAAAACCUGACCGCCAGCUCAUUGCUGAAGUGAUGCUGUUCUCUCAGGGUUUCCGAACUGCUGAGAAGCUUGCCUGCAAGAUUGUACCAUUCUUCAAAUUGUGUGAUGAACAGUUAUCAAAUCAGUCACAUUAUGAUUUCGGUCUUCGAGCCCUGAAGUCUGUGCUGGUGUCUGCUGGUAAUGUGAAACGAGACCGUAUCAUGAAAAUAAAGGAAAAUAUGAAGAUGCGAGGUGAAUCCAAUAUUGACGAGGCAUCCAUAGCAGAAAAUCUGCCAGAACAGGAGAUUCUUAUCCAGUCAGUUUGUGAGACAAUGGUUCCCAAGUUAGUGGCUGAGGAUAUUCCUCUUCUCUUCUCCUUGCUGUCAGAUGUUUUCCCUAAUGUCAACUACACACGAGCUGAAAUGGCAGGUUUGAAGGACCAAAUUCGGAAGGUGUGUCAAGAGGCGUAUUUGGUAUGUGGUGAGGGAGAAGAACAGGGAUGUGUCUGGAUGGAGAAGGGAGCAAUAGGCGAGACUUGGGUUGAGAAGGUUCUGCAGUUGUACCAGAUCUGCAAUUUGAAUCAUGGUCUAAUGAUGGUUGGCCCGAGUGGCUCUGGCAAAACAACUGCUUGGAAAGUUCUUCUCAAAGCUCUUGAACGUUAUGAGGGGACUGAGGGUGUGGCCCACGUCAUUGAUCCCAAGGCCAUUUCCAAAGAGGCAUUGUAUGGAGUCCUUGAUCCUAACACAAGGGAAUGGACAGAUGGUCUUUUUACACACAUCUUAAGGAAGAUAAUUGACAAUGUGCGUGGUGAGAUCAAUAAACGGCAGUGGAUCAUCUUUGAUGGAGAUGUGGAUCCAGAAUGGGUAGAAAAUCUCAAUUCAGUGCUGGAUGACAACAAAUUGCUUACUUUACCAAAUGGAGAGAGAUUGUCUUUGCCUCCCAAUGUCAGAGUCAUGUUUGAAGUUCAAGAUCUGAAGUAUGCAACACUAGCUACUGUGUCUCGUUGUGGGAUGGUAUGGUUUUCUGAAGAUGUGCUAUCUACUGAAAUGAUAUUUGAGAACUACAUGUCACGUCUGCGUAAUAUCCCUCUGGAGGAGGCUGAUGAGGACUCAGGCUUUGGGAAGAAAUCUGAGAACAAAGAGGAUGUGCUGUCUCCUGCUUUGCAGGUACAGCAAGAGGUGACAAGCAUUUUGCAGCCAUUCUUUUCACCUGAUGGUCUGGUGGUGCGGUGCCUCGAGUUUGCAAUGAAACAAGAACAUAUUAUGGACUUCACGAGACUUCGAGCUCUCAGCUCCUUGUUUUCAAUGCUUAACCAAGGCGUCAGGAAUGUUCUACAAUAUAACCACACACAUGCAGACUUCCCUCUGCCAAGUGAAGAGUUGGAACGCUACAUUCCAAAAUGUCUUGUGUACGCAUUGUUGUGGAGUUUUGCUGGUGAUGCGAAGCUGAAAGUUCGUUCUGAUUUGGGUGACUUCAUUCGUUCGGUUACCACAGUACCACUACCACCCUCUACACAUAUUCCAAUUAUUGAUUAUGAGGUCAGUAUUACUACGCGUGAAUGGUGUCCAUGGUCCAACAAAGUGCCACAGAUUGAAGUGGACACACACAAGGUAGCAGCCCCAGAUAUAGUGGUACCAACUCUCGAUACAGUUCGCCAUGAAUCACUGCUGUAUACGUGGCUGGCUGAACAUAAGCCUCUAGUUCUGUGUGGACCACCUGGUUCAGGCAAAACCAUGACACUGUUCUCUGCUCUUCGAGCAUUGCCUGACAUGGAAGUUGUUGGCCUUAACUUUUCCUCAGCAACAACACCCGAGCUUCUGCUGAAGACAUUUGACCACUAUUGCGAAUAUCGCAAGACUCCCAAUGGUGUUGUGCUUGCCCCUGUGCAGCUAGGUAAAUGGCUUGUGUUGUUCUGUGAUGAAAUCAACUUGCCUGACAUGGACCAGUAUGGUACACAGCGAGUGAUAUCAUUCCUGCGUCAGCUGGUGGAGCACCGUGGGUUCUACCGUGCUUCAGACCAGGCAUGGGUAUCUUUGGAGAGAAUUCAGUUUGUGGGUGCUUGCAAUCCUCCUACUGAUCCUGGCAGGAAACCCUUAUCACAUCGGUUCCUGCGACAUGUGCCUGUCAUCUAUGUAGAUUAUCCUGGAGAAACAUCACUGAAACAGAUCUAUGGAACCUUCAGUCGAGCUAUGCUUCGUAUUAUCCCUUCACUCCGUGGUUAUGCUGAACCACUGACCAAUGCAAUGGUUGAGUUCUACUUGGCAUCACAGGAACGCUUCACUCAGGACAUGCAGCCUCAUUAUGUUUACUCCCCUCGAGAGAUGACUCGAUGGGUUCGAGGAAUUUGUGAGGCAAUCAGACCUUUGGACAAUCUGCCUGUAGAGGGACUGGUUCGAUUGUGGGCGCAUGAAGCUCUGCGCUUGUUUCAAGACCGCCUGGUUGAAGACUCUGAGCGACGUUGGACAAAUGAAAACAUUGACAUUGUGGCUCUGAAACAUUUUCCUGGAGUGGACAAAGAUGCUGCACUCAGUCAGCCAAUUCUGUACAGCAACUGGUUAUCGAAGGACUAUGUUCCAGUUGACAGAGAAGAACUUCGAGAUUAUGUUAAAGCUAGGCUGAAGGUGUUUUAUGAAGAAGAACUGGAUGUGCCAUUGGUGCUCUUUGAUGAAGUUCUUGACCAUGUGUUGAGAAUUGAUCGAAUUUUCCGCCAGCCACAAGGGCAUUUACUGCUGAUUGGUGUAUCAGGUGCUGGCAAGACCACUCUCUCACGUUUUGUUGCUUGGAUGAAUGGACUCUCCAUUUUCCAGAUCAAGGUCCACAACAAGUACACAGGUGAAGAUUUUGAUGAAGAUCUGCGUGCAGUGCUCCGCCGAUCUGGCUGUAAGGAUGAGAAGAUUGCCUUUAUUCUGGAUGAAUCAAAUGUCUUGGACUCUGGAUUUUUGGAGAGAAUGAAUACCCUCUUAGCAAAUGGAGAAGUGCCAGGUCUUUUUGAGGGGGAUGAGUAUACAACUCUGAUGACACAGUGCAAAGAAGGUGCUCAGCGAGAAGGUUUGAUGUUGGAUUCCAAUGAAGAGCUGUACAAGUGGUUCACAGGCCAGGUGAUGCACAACCUACAUGUUGUGUUCACUAUGAAUCCUUCAUCUGAGGGUCUGAAGGAUCGUGCAGCCACAUCACCUGCCCUCUUCAACCGCUGCGUGCUCAACUGGUUUGGAGAUUGGUCAGAUGGUGCAUUGUUCCAGGUUGGGCGUGAAUUUACAAACCGAGUGGACUUGGACAGACCCACAUGGAAUGCUCCAGAUUUCUUUCCAUCUGCAGUUGCAAGUCUUCCAGCCACACCCACACAUCGUGAUGCAGUAAUUAAUGCAUGUGUGUAUGUUCACCAGACACUUCAUAAAGCCAAUGCUCGUCUUGCUAAGAGGGGUGGUCGCACGAUGGCAAUCACACCACGUCAUUACCUGGACUUUAUCAACCACUUUGUGAAGCUCUAUAAUGAAAAGCGAUCAGACUUGGAAGAACAGCAGCUGCAUUUGAAUGUUGGGUUGAACAAAAUUGCUGAAACUGUGGAACAGGUGGAGGAGAUGCAGAAGUCACUAGCUGUUAAGUCACAGGAACUGCAAGCAAAGAAUGACGCAGCCAAUGCCAAGCUUCGGCAGAUGGUGAAAGACCAGCAGGAGGCAGAAAAGAAAAAGGUUCAAAGCCAGGAGAUUCAGGCUGAACUUGAAAUUCAGACAAUAAAGAUAGCACAGAAGCGAGAGGAUGUUAUGGCUGAUUUGGCCCAAGUGGAACCAGCUGUUAUUGAUGCCCAGCAAGCUGUGAAAUCAAUCAAAAGGCAACACCUUGUGGAGGUUCGUUCGAUGGCAAAUCCACCAGUGCUUGUCAAACUUGCAUUGGAGUCAAUCUGUCUUCUUCUUGGUGAAAAUGCCAGUGACUGGAAGUCGAUCCGCGCUGUUAUCAUGAGGGACAACUUUAUCAAUACCAUUGUGUCUAAUUUCAGUACUGAGGACAUUAAUGAUGAAGUGCGGGAGAAGAUGAAGUCCCGUUACCUCAGUAACCCAGACUACAACUUUGAGAAAGUAAAUCGAGCUAGUAUGGCUUGUGGUCCGAUGGUCAAGUGGGCCAUUGCACAGAUAAACUAUGCAGACAUGCUGAAGCGAGUAGAGCCUCUGAGGGACGAGCUACACUCAUUAGAGGUGCAAGCCCAUGAGAAUAAGAAACGUGGUGAAGAAGUGACAAACCUCAUCACACAACUUGAGCACAGCAUUGCGUCUUACAAGGAAGAAUAUGCACAGUUGAUUUCACAGGCUCAAGCUAUCAAGACUGACCUGGAAAAUGUCCAAGCCAAGGUUGAUCGUUCAAUUGCUCUUCUGAAGUCUUUGGGCAUUGAACGCGACCGCUGGGAAGCAACAAGUGUGACAUUUCGUUCUCAGAUGUUAACCAUUAUUGGAGAUGUCUUGCUUUCAUCAGCUUUCUUGGCAUAUGCAGGUUAUUUCGACCAACAUUAUCGGCAGAACUUGUUUGCGACGUGGUGCCACCAUCUGCAACAGGCAGGCUUACUGUUUCGGGCUGACAUAGCUCGUACUGAGUACUUAUCCAAUCCUGAUGAGCGCCUUCGCUGGCAAGCCAAUGCUUUGCCUUCUGAUGACCUUUGCACUGAGAAUGCUAUUAUGCUUAAGCGCUUCAAUCGUUACCCGCUAAUAAUUGAUCCAUCUGGACAAGCUACGGAGUUCAUCCUCAAUGAGUUCCGUGACAAGAAAAUAACCAAAACAAGUUUUCUAGAUGAUUCAUUUAGAAAGAAUCUCGAGUCUGCCCUUCGAUUUGGAAAUCCCCUUCUGGUUCAAGAUGUUGAGAAUUAUGACCCUAUCUUGAAUCCUGUUCUAAAUAGAGAGCUAAGACGAACUGGUGGACGCGUCCUUAUCACGCUUGGCGAUCAGGACAUUGAUCUGUCACCAUCAUUUGUCAUUUUUCUGUCAACCCGUGAUCCCACAGUGGAAUUCCCACCAGACAUCUGCUCUCGUGUGACAUUUGUGAAUUUUACUGUGACUCGUAGCUCACUGCAGAGUCAGUGUCUGAACCAGGUGCUUAAGGCAGAGCGCCCAGACAUUGAUCAGAAGCGGUCAGAUCUCCUUAAACUACAGGGUGAGUUCCAUCUUCGAUUGCGUCAGUUGGAAAAGUCGUUAUUGCAGGCAUUGAAUGAUGCAAAGGGCAAGAUUCUGGAUGAUGAUAGUGUAAUCACAACCUUAGAAACUUUGAAACAGGAGGCAGCAGACAUUAGCAAGAAGGUGGAGGAAACAGACAAAGUGAUAGGCGAAAUUGAAACUGUAUCCCAACAGUAUAUGCCUCUGUCACAGGCAUGCAGCAAUAUUUACUUCACAAUGGACAGUCUUAACCAGAUUCAUUUCCUGUACCAGUAUUCACUCAAGUUUUUCUUGGAUAUCUUCAGCUCUGUGUUGUAUAGCAACCCAAAACUAGGCAGUGUUACAGACCAUGGAGCUAGACUAGCAAUUGUAACACGGGAUCUGUUCGGUGUUUGCUAUGAAAGGGUUGCCAGAGGUAUGCUUCACAUUGAUCGUCUGACGUUUGCAUUGCUGUUGUGUCGUAUUCACCUGAAAGGUGUACCAAAUCAGCCUAGCCUUGAUCAAGAGUUUACUUUCUUCUUGCGUGGGAAGGAGGGAAUGUUAACCAGUAAACCACCCAGCAUGGAGGGCCUCAAUCAGGAACAGCUGGAAGCUUUGUUCCGCAUGUCAACAAGACUACCAGGAUUUAAGAAACUGUCGCAGAAAAUCCAAGAGAUGCCAGAGUUUGGAGCGUGGUUACAGCAAGGAACACCCGAGCAGUGUGUACCUCAACUCUGGGAAGAAGAGAAACAGUUGAGCCCAAUAGGAAGUGCAAUGUAUCAGCUGCUAAUCAUACAGGCAUUCCGGCCAGAUCGCGUGAUUGCUGCAGCUCAGUUGUUUGUUUCGUCUGUACUUGGUGAAGACUUCAUGCCAGCAGCAGAAAAAGAACUGGACCUUGCUGCCAGUGUGGAGACUGAAUUGCGAGCAAAUGUGCCUGCACUCUUGUGUUCUGUACCAGGUUUUGAUGCUUCAGGACGUGUGGAUGAUCUGGCUGCUGAGCUGGGAAAACCUAUUGCUAGCAUUGCUAUAGGCUCUGCCGAAGGAUUCAACCAGGCAGAUAGGGCCAUAAAUCUGGCUGUGAAAUCAGGAAGGUGGGUGCUGCUGAAGAAUGUGCAUCUGGCACCACAGUGGUUGGUGCAACUGGAGAAGAAACUGCACAGUCUGCAGCCUCAUGCUGCUUUCCGACUCUUCCUCACCAUGGAGAUAAAUCCAAAGGUUCCAGUGAACUUACUUAGAGCUGGACGCAUCUUUGUCUUUGAGCCACCUCCUGGUAUUCGAGCAAAUUUGCUGCGAACUUUCAGUACUGUUCCUGCCUCUCGCAUGAUGAAGGCACCAAAUGAACGUGCAAGACUUUAUUUCCUGCUUGCAUGGUUCCAUGCUAUUGUCCAGGAGCGUCUGCGUUAUGUACCCCUGGGAUGGGCAAAGUAUUAUGAAUUCAACGAAUCUGAUCUCCGGGUAGCUUGUGAUACCCUAGACACAUGGAUUGAAUCCACUGCCAUGGGCCGCACCAACCUGCCACCAGAAAAAGUUCCAUGGGAUGCCCUGGUAACUCUUUUAUCCCAGUGUAUUUAUGGUGGAAAGAUUGACAAUGAUUUUGAUCAGCGUCUGUUGGCUUCAUUCUUGGCAAAACUUUUCACACCACAUAGUUUUGAGUCUGAUUUUGCUCUGGUAGCAAAUGUGGAUGGUGUAGCAGGUGGUCCAGGAGGCCAAAGGCAUAUCACUAUGCCAGAUGGAACAAGACGAGAUCAUUUCCUACAUUGGAUUGAGUCUUUAGCUGAUAGGCAAACUCCGUCAUGGCUGGGCCUCCCCAACAAUGCAGAAAAAGUCUUGCUUACAACAAGAGGCACAGAUUUAGUAGGGAAAUUGCUUAAGAUGCAGCAGCUGGAAGAUGAUGAUGAACUAGCAUAUUCAGCAGAGGAAGGACUCAGCCAGCCACAUGUACAGGAGGCUGAUGGACGGCCAUCGUGGAUGAGGACAUUGCAUAAUUCUGCAUCCACCUGGCUCCAGCUCCUUCCAAAAUCUCUUCAGACUUUGCGACGCACGGUUGAGAACAUCAAAGAUCCGCUGUACCGCUACUUUGAGCGUGAGGUCAACUCUGGAGCUAAGCUGCUUCAGGAUGUAAUUCAUGAUUUAGAAGAUGUAGUACUCAUCUGUCAGGGAGAGAAGAAACAGACGAACUACCAUCGUACUAUGCUGAAUGAUCUAGUGAAAGGAAUCCUUCCACCUAGCUGGAGACGUUACACAGUUCCGCGCGGUUGCACAGUCAUUCAAUGGAUCACUGACUUCAGUCAGCGAGUGAAACAGUUACAGGAAGUAUCAUUGUUGGUGUCACAGGGAGGAGCAAAGGAACUUAAGACAUUUCAUGUGUGGUUGGGUGGACUGCUCAAUCCUGAAGCCUACAUAACUGCAACACGGCAAUGUAUUGCCCAGGCUAAUAGUUGGUCUCUUGAGGAGCUCAUGCUGGAUGUGACCAUCACAGAUGGAGGGGUGGAUACAAAGAAAGCCAUCAUGGAUGACUGUAGUUUUGGAGUUGUUGGUUUGAAGUUGCAAGGAGCCCAGUGUCGUAACAAUCAACUACAUCUAACAUCCACCAUUAUGAUGGAUUUGCCAGUCACGCUUCUACGUUGGGCUAGGAUGGAUACCAGUGGUACAGACUCACAUACUUGGCUGUCUCGCCAAGGCAAGCUGUCCUUACCUGUGUACCUCAACUCUACUCGCACAGAGCUCCUCUUCACUGUUGACUUGAACAUUGCUCCAGGACAGGACCAGCAUAGCUUCUAUGAGCGUGGAGUAGCGGUGCUCACAUCCACUGCUCUUAACUAACAUAGUUCAGUCAUAUUCAUCUUCUGACAGUCUAGUAUUAAAACUGGUGGGAGUUAAGAUGUAAAAUUGAAUUUUAAUUUGCAUGUUGAGUUGCAGUAUCAACAUUAUUUCAUGUGAGUUGCUUAAAUAUAUUAAAUAUAUAACAAUUCUAUAAAUGUG